AUGGGCUCAACAAGAUUGUAUUCCAAAGGUCGUGUCCUUGGACACAAGCGGGCCAAGCGCAACACUCGCCCCAACACCUCUCUCCUUCAGAUUGAGGGUGUUGCUACCAAGGAGGAUGCCCAAUUCUACCUCGGCAAGCGAGUUGCAUAUGUCUACAAGGCGAAGCGGGAAGUAAAAGGAUCCAAAGUGCGAGUCAUUUGGGGACGAGUGACCCGGCCACAUGGAAGCUCUGGUGUCGUAAAGUCAAAGUUCCGCUCCAACCUCCCUCCCCGCGCGUUCGGUGCUAGUGUUCGGGUGAUGCUCUACCCCUCGACGAUCUAG